UUGCCCCCAUUUUUCUUGAGCUGAACUCAAAGAUCUAAGACUUUUUCUAUGUACACAAAAGGCCUAUUUCUCUCAAAUAUUGUUCACAAAUCUGUCUAAAUCUGAGUUAGUGAACACUUCUCUUUUGCCGAGAUAAUCUAUACACCUCACAUGUGUGGCAUAUCAAGAUGCUAAAUUGACAGCAUGAUUAUUGCACAGGUGUGCCUUAGGCUGGCCACAAUAAAAGGCCACUCUAAAAUGCGUUUAUAAUAUUGUUUAGUUUAUUUUCAUUCAGGCCCAGAAUUAAUUUGAAAAUGUAAGAUCAGCAAAAGCUUGUUGAUUUUCAUGAUGGUAAAGGAGAUGGAUGUGUGAGCGGAAACUAACUGCGGUUGAGGGAGGAUUCAACCUGAUAAAUAUCACAGUUCAGUCGUGAGUGUAUUCACACAUUUUAAGCAUCACUGUUGUGGGUUUUUCAGUGAACCGAUGAAGAAAAUGUCUCUCAAAUUAGUUUUGUUCUGUUUGUGUUUGUGGCGUCUGGUUGGUGUGUUUGGUGAUGAAGUGGAGUCAGUGUCAGUGAUAGAGGGACAUAAGGUCACUCUAAACUCUGGUCUUACUGAAAUGAAAGAUGAUGAUCAGAUUCAGUGGAGAUUUGGAAAUGAAAACACUUCACUAGCUGAAAUCAAUAAACGAGCUGACAGCAUGACUGUAUAUGAUGAUGUUCUUGAUGGGAGAUUUAGAGACAGACUGAAGCUGGACAAUCAAACUGGAUCUCUGACCAUCAGAGACACCAGACAUGAACAUGCUGGACAUUAUGAACUACAGACCAACAGUGUGAGAAAGUGUUUCAAAAUCACUGUAUUUGAUAUGAAGUCAGUGUCAGUGAAGGAGGGAGAGUCAGUCACUCUAAACUCUGGUCUUACUGAAAUAAUGGAUGAUGAUGUGAUUCAGUGGAGGUUUCGAAGUGAAAACACUUUAAUAGCUGAAAUCAAUAAACGUGCCGACAGCGUGACUGUGUAUGAUGAUGUUCUUGAUGGGAGAUUCAGAGACAGACUGAAGCUGGACAAACAAACUGGAUCUCUGACCAUCACAAAUACCAGAAUCACAAACUUUGGAGUUUAUGAACUAUAUAGCAAUUAUAUGAAGGGGAUUAUGUUCUUUCUCAAUGUCCAUAGUGAGUUAAAUAUGAAUUAA